UUCCAUGACGACACUUGUGUGAUGUGUAUCCUUGUCUGAGACCUGAAGAGUUGCAUUGCAUGCAGGUAUACAUGCAUGCGUUCUGUCCCUGUCGGUCACACUUAAGAAUUGUCCCAGUGUUUUUGUCAGUAUGAUAUCAUUUUGCAUAUUUUCAUUUGAGAAGAAAGCAAGUUGAGAUCAUUGAUUCCGUGCACAUGUUGUUCUUUUGAGCUAUACAUGGUCAAUGUUAAAUAAUACAUAUAAUCCUCCAGGUCUGUGGUGCAAACAUAUCUUGCAGCUGCGACAGUCCUACAAAUACAGGAAAUGACGUAAUUCGUAUUCACUAUUCUUAGUUAACAUGUCUCAACUAAAAGAAUCCCUGUCUAGUUUCAGGUCCAUACCACAAAUGCACAAGGUAGAAAGAGUCAACCAACAAGUGUUUCAACAAGACUUGAACACAAUGAUCAUGUUCAUCCUCAUCCUGUGUGCCUUGUCAAGAGAGGCCAUGGUCCAAAACACAGCCAAGAAGAUUUUUCCAGCAAAGAUCUAUUGGACUACUACAGGAACGAUAAUGGAGGGAAGCGACCUAGUGGUAAAAUGUAGUACACAUGGGCGCAAGGAAGACAAAGUGGCAUAUGUUUACUUGUGCAUUAACGGGGUUGCAGUGGAACAGAAGAAAACUAUACAAGAAGACACUUAUUUCACCAUGAAAAGUGUUACUGGCCAACAGACUGGCAAUUACAGCUGUGUGUUCUCUAAAACCCAGUUUCCAGUCUCUGAAGUGCAAGGAAAAGGAGAUAAUUCCCUUUCCAUCCAGGUGAUGGAUCGUAUACUCCCUGCAGACAUAUCACUUGCAGGCUCAAGAACUGUGAGAAAGGGAGAUGGUGUGGAGUUUAAGUGUACACUCUCAGACCCAAGUUUUCAAACAAAAAAUACCAGUGACUUAGUUCACGCUUACCUCUGCAAGUAUGGCUCUGUUGUUCAGAUCCAGGUGUUUGAUGUAAAGCGCACGGAGGUAACCUUUACGAUUAAAAGUUUUAAUAAGAAUGACGCAGGUAACUACAGUUGUGUGAUUGAUCUGCAAUCAAAAACCCUCAAAGAUAAAGACAGAACAUUAUAUGGAAAUAAUGCAGUAUUUCUACAGGUUGAUGUGUCCUGGAGUGACUUAAUCACACCGGUUGUGUUGUGCGCCUGUUUUCUUCUGAUCUUAUCACUGAUAGUGGGCAUACGGUGGCUGUUCAUUAAACAAGGAGCUUUACAAUGUUAUUGUGGAAGAACACCACAACAGGAGGAGAACGAUGUGCCAAUGACAGGGGAGGGUGACGACGGAACUUCAAACACGGAGGAAGAAUCCAGUGAUGAAUUUGCCUGUGACAGUGAGGCCAGUGGGGAGGAGUACCAGGAUGUGGGUGUUGAGAUUGAGACAUACCAUGAGAUGGAGGAUACCACGUACCAAGAAAUUCCGGGUGAAACACGGAAUAUUGAACACGUUAUAGUGCGUAUUCGAGAUGCAGCAAAUCAAGGCCCAGAUGCAGAAGAUAUGUAUGCCAAAUCAUGCAGGAAGACAGGACGUCAUCAGUACAUGUCUUAAUCAUUAUUAGAUCUGCAUUAUUUCAAAGCAGUACUGCAUGUGUACUUCAUGGUUACAGCAUCUAUAAUGAUGUAUUUUAUGUAUUGUGUAUUCAAUGCUUGUCUUCCGUUGGACUACUCUCUGCAUGUUCAAGUUGACGAUGAUAACAAAUUGUUUGGUGACCUGACAUUUGCGAUGCAUUCUAUUAUAUUGGUCUAACCAAUAUGUAAUGCUGUCACCAAUUCUACAGCCUCCACUAAAACAUGCAAGGAUACAUUGAAGUUUAAAAUAAGCCAUUCUUAAAUAUGUGAAUCUUGCAGACAGUUUUUUGUGUUUUCUUUUAUUCUUUCGAGCCUGGUGAUAAAUAAUACAUAUAUUAACAUAUGGAUUCAUAUUUGCAUAUCCACUGAUGUACCACAUAUACAUAGUCCAACCACAACCUACGGACAAUUAUAUCAGGAAAUUACACUGGCACUACAAGGCUAAUCAUUAAUUACAUUGUAUCAGACACAUUUGAAUGUUGCUGAUGUGUACACCAUAAACAAUGAAGAUUAGGUCAGAGGACUGAUAGGUUUCUUCAAAAUGAGCUGCCUAGGUCUAGGCCAAAGCUCAGUGAUGAAACUUUGCAUGAAGGUUAGAUGCUUCUAAUUCGGUCCCAAGUCAGUUUCCCAUAAUUCACAUAGCUACAUGGCUAGACACAGUAUGAAAACAUCACAACAGGCUGAAGAUCCCACCAUGAGUCCUAUCGUAUUCAUAAUGUGUGAGUAUUUUCACAGUAUUGAUCAAGGUAAAGCAUACCAAUAUUCAACCUGGUUGUACAAACUGUUAUCUCUAUUUGUUUCUAAAUGCAGAUUUACUGGUUAACUUGGCAGAGACAGGUACACUUACAUAAUGGAAUUCUAAAACACAAAUAGUAAAAUCUGUAAUUUUGUUACAGUACAGCUAAUGUCUGAGAAGAUUGGUUCUAAACAUUGGAACUUCUGAAACUUAAGUUUUAUUCAUAAAUUGUAUUUUUCACUCUUCAAUGAUGAAGCUAUUAUCUACCCAGCAAAGCUCUUUGGAGCUAGUACCCACAUGAGAGAAGGAAGGACAGUCAAUGUGAAGUGCAGCACUACAGGCACCAGAAACCCGUUAAGGAAGGUCUAUGUUUACCUUUGCAAGAAUGGAAGUGGAAUGAGAGUCCUGUUUCAGUAUAUUUCAAACAAUUAACCUAUUUGAUCAUAUUUGGGUGACAACAUUUCCAUUUGGUUCAUGUUUUGCCAUUUUUGCCACAUGUAUUUUCUUACAAAGUUUCCUCGUCAAAAGAGGCCAUAGCCCAAACAAAAGGUAUGUCAAAAUGUUUUCGUUUACGUUGUUAUCAUUAAAGGACCAAUCUGCAGUUGCUACGUCCGUUUUUCGAAUAAUAAAUGAAGGUUAUGUACCCAUUCA